UCUACACGGCAAUUUUAUAGGAAAAGAAAACGCCAUGGAGGACGAUUCUUUUCGACCGAAAUUAAGGUAUAAAGCGACCAAAAGGUCAAAGUUGGAGAGUCAGGAGGCGGAGCUGCUUGGAGUUGAAAGAUGGCGGAUAAAGAGAAGAAAAAGAAGGAAAGUAUAUUCGACCUGUCGAAGUACAUCGAUAAGACGAUUCGAGUCAAGUUUCAAGGGGGCCGAGAAGCAAGUGGGGUUCUGAAAGGCUUCGAUCCACUGCUGAAUCUGGUGCUUGACGGCACUAUUGAGUACAUGCGAGACCCGGAUGACCAGUACAAGUUAACGGAGGACACCCGGCAGUUGGGCCUGGUGGUUUGUCGCGGGACGUCCGUAGUGCUCAUCUGUCCCCAAGACGGGAUGGAGGCCAUCCCUAACCCCUUCAUUCAGCAGCAAGAAGGGUAACGGGCAACGGGCGUGCCCCGUCUUCCUCGAUCCCUCCGUGGGUCUUUGACACGUGUGAUGUCAUUGUGUUCUAAUGGACAAGACCUCCUGGAACCCUCAAAAUAUAACAUUUUAAUUUUCAGUUUGUUUUUUUUGUAUGCUAUUCACAGCGACAGCAACACAACGAUACACGUUGUGGACGUUAGUGAUGGCGUAUAAAUGGUUGUUUUGAAUGUAAGGUUUUUGUUUUUGUUUGUUUCCAUGGUGUGGAGUGACGAUAUUUUUGUGUCGGAGGGAAUUUGAAUAGUUUAAUCUAAGGUUAACAUCACAUCCGCUUGUUUUAAAAAAAAAAACAAAAAAAAACGAGUUACCUUGUUUACUAUUGUUAGUUCAACCAGAUUGUGAUGGACAAGUUUUGAUUUUUAACACUAGCGGGAUUGUAAUAAAUUGUGUUUCUUA